AUGGCCGAACUCGACACUCUGGACGUUAUCGUCCUAUCUGCCCUUUUCGUUGGUACUGUAGCGUACUUCACGAAAGGAAAGUACUGGGCGGUAGCUAAGGACCCCUACGCCAAUGCCUUCAGCAAUACGGCAAAGGCCGGCAAGACGCGGAAUAUCCUGGAGAAGAUGGAGGAGAUGGGCAAGAACUGCAUCAUUCUCUACGGGUCGCAGACCGGCACCGCCGAGGACUAUGCUUCCAGGCUUGCCAAGGAAGGGAAGAGUCGAUUCGGCCUCGAGACCAUGAUCGCUGAUCUCGAGGACUACGAUUUUGACAAUCUCGACACCAUCCCCAGUGACAAGGUUGUCAUGUUCGUUCUCGCGACUUACGGCGAGGGUGAGCCCACUGACAAUGCCGUCGACUUCCACGAGUUCUUGACUGCCGACGAUGUCCAGUUCUCCGAGGAUCGCAGCCCUGCCCUCGACAACCUCAACUACGUCGCGUUCGGUCUCGGUAACAAUACCUACGAGCACUACAACUACAUGGUUAGGAAUGUGGAUAAGAUCCUCCAGAAGCUCGGCGCCAACAGAAUUGGCGAAGCUGGCGAAGGUGACGACGGCUCCGGUACCAUGGAAGAGGACUUCCUUGCCUGGAAGGAGCCCAUGUGGGCCGCUCUCGCCAAGAAGAUGGGCCUCGAGGAGCGCGAGGCUGUCUAUGAGCCUACCUUCGAGAUCGUCGACCGGGACAGUCUUACCGUUGAGUCUCCUGAGGUAUACGUUGGUGAGCCGAACAAGAUCCACCUCGAAGGCAACGUCAAGGGACCCUUCAAUGCGCACAACCCGUACAUUGCCCCUAUUGCCACCUCGCACGAGCUCUUUAAUGCAAAGGACAGGAACUGCCUGCACAUUGAUGUUGACAUUAGCGGAUCCACUCUGACCUACCAGACUGGUGACCACAUCGCCAUUUGGCCAAGCAACGCUGGUGCCGAAGUCGAUCGCUUCCUGGACAUCCUUGGUCUCACCGAGAAGAGGCACGAUGUUAUCAACGUCAGGGCCCUCGAACCCACCGCCAAGGUUCCUUUCCCUACCCCGACUACUUAUGAUGCCAUCGUGCGAUACCACAUGGAGAUCGGCGCCCCCGUUUCCCGUCAGUUCUUGGCCACUCUUGCCGCUUUCGCCCCGAACAACGAGAUCAAGGCCGAGAUGACCAAGCUUGGUGGUGAUAAGGAUUACUUCCACGAGAAGACUAGCGAUCAGUUCUACAACAUCUCCCGGCUCCUCCACAACGUCAGCGGUGGACUCAAGUGGACCAAUGUCCCCUUCUCGGCCUUCAUUGAGGGUCUCACCAAGCUCCAGCCGCGAUACUACUCGAUCUCGUCUUCGUCCCUCGUUCAGCCAAAGACCAUUUCCAUCACUGCGGUCGUCGAGAGCCAGCAAGUCGCCAGCCGACCCAACGACCCCUUCCGUGGUGUGUCUACCAACUACCUUUUCGCCCUGAAGCAGAAGCAAAACAGCGAUUCCAACCCAUCCCCCUUCGGUCUAACCUACGAGAUCGAGGGCCCCAGGAACAAGUACAACAAUAUCCGCGUACCUGUUCACGUCCGUCACUCCAACUUCAAGCUCCCCUCGGACCCUUCCAAGCCCAUCAUCCUCAUUGGACCCGGAACCGGUGUUGCUCCUUUCCGAGGAUUUGUUCAGGAACGCGCGAAGCAGGCGGAAGACGGCACCGAGGUCGGACACACUAUUCUCUUCUUUGGAUGCAGGAAACAAACCGAGGACUUUUUGUACAAGGAGGAGUGGGAGGAACGCAAGAAGGUCCUCGGAGACAAGUUCGAAUUGGUCACAGCCUUUUCUCGAGACGGACCUAAGAAGGUCUACGUACAGCACCGACUCAAGGAGCGAUCGAAGGAGAUCAAUGAUCUUCUUCUCAAGAAGGCCUACAUUUACGUGUGCGGUGAUGCUGCCAACAUGGCCCGUGAAGUGCACGCCGGGCUUAUCCAAAUUAUCGCUGAACAGCGUGGCAUCUCAGAAGCUAAGGCGGAAGAAAUCGUCAAGAACAUGAGGUCCGCAAACCAGUACCAGGAGGAUGUUUGGUCAUAA